GAACGGGAGAGGGAUGAAGAGUGGAAAGACCGAUGACGAAAUCCGCGAAGAAAUGGCAAAACAUGGAUGGCACAACGAAUACGAAAUGGUCGAGUUCGUGGAUACGACGGGGGAGUACGAUGCGCAAAGGAAGGGAAGAUGUACGAAAAUGACGAAGGAGAGUGGCGCAGAGAGCAACGACGAGAUGCGAACCGAUCUUUUACGACAGCAACAGCAACAGCAACAGCUAGACGAGCAGGAAAGGAGAGAGCAACGACAACAGCAAUGCCACCAACAACUAUCGUAUGAAAAGCAUGGAAGCGAAGAAGGCGGGAACGCGGUAGGCGGACUGGAGGCGGGACAACAUGAAAUUGAAAAUGGCGCAGUAGAAGAGGCGAGCAGUGACGAACCGGUAACGAUUUUCGCCUCGUUGGAGCGCGAAAACGGUAUCGACACCGUGUACAACACCGGUGGUGUGCAUUCGUUCGACUUGACCAGCCAGGAUUUCGUCGUUCGAGAAAGGGGUUAUCGCGAUCGAGACUCGACCGAGAACGAGGGCGGCGAUCUAGGCGGUGAUUCCUCGGAGCAGGAGGAGCAACGACAGCAACAGCAACAGGUUUCACAACCCCUCCAUCGACAGCAUCACCAUGAACAACAACAGCGGCGUGUGCAACCGUGUCUGCGGCACGAUCACGACCGUAACCACAACCAUCAACAGCAGCAGGAGCAGGAACCACAGCGGCAGCACCACUACCACCACCACCACCACUACAACUACAACCAUAACCACCACCACCACCACCACCACCACCGCCGCCACCACCACCACCAUCAGUCCGAGUACGUUCAACUAGGGGCGAGAGAAGUAUCGGUUACCAAGGGUGGGGAUAACGAACGGCCGGGCGAGGUCUGCGUGUUGCCGGAGGAAAAUCGGGUCGGCAGUCACGCGCUUCACUCUACGAUGCAUCGUUCUGUUACCGAGUCACUCUCACCAACCGCGACCGAUCAUCACCACCACUAUCUUCAUCACCACCACCACAACUCCCACCGCCACCCUCAUCAACAACACCAUCAUCAUCAUCAUCAGCAGCAGCAGCAGCAGCAUUUGCAAUCGGACGCGGCUCAACAGAGUGUGCUUUCUUCUUCGAGUCAUCUUCGUCACUUGGAGGAGCAGGAGGUACAGUUGCAGUUGCAGUCGCAUUCGCACUCGCGAUCGGUAUCGUCGUAUCAAGAGACGAACGAGGAUGUUGUGGACAGAAACAGUGAAAUAACAACGGCCAUGAGAGGUACUCGUGGAGAUUUUACCUUUGGCAUGCUGUUUCCGAAUCUUGGCACUAGCGGCGCGAACGGUUCUACCGGUGACGUCGGUGCGAAUGAAGAUCAUCAGCAUAAUAACCAUCACCAUCAGCAGCAGCAGCAUCAUCAUCAUCAGCAUCAUCACCAUCAUCAACAUUUGGACGAAGUGUUGACGGACGCAACGUAUCUUCAGCAUCAAAUUCGAGCCGCGAGUGGAGGAGGAGGAGGAGGUGGUGGUGGUGGCGGUGGUGGUGGUGGUGGUGGUGGUAACAACAACGGUAACAACGUUGGCGGUGAUAGUGGCAGCGGUGGUACGGAGGGUAGCAAUGUCAGCGGUGGAGAGGCAGGUGGAGGUUGCGGUGGAUGUUCACCGACGACGCUUCGAACCGGUAGUUCCCCGGGUUCUAGUCGCAGUCCGCACGACGAUCGCGAACUUUCGUCGCCUCAUCGUCCUCAGGGACGGACGGAGGGCGGAGGAGGAGGAGGAGGAGGAGGAGGAGGAGGAGGAGGUGACGACGGUUGUGGUGGUGGUGGUAAUGGUGGCAGUGGCGAUAGUGGUGGUGGUGAUGGUGGUAGUGGUGGUGGUGGUGGAUACAGCCCGAGCGAUCACAGCAGGCAAUCGUACGCCCAUUUGACCGCUAUGCAACCACCGUCUUCGGUUCAGGCUAACCACGCUCUCGCUCAAGACACCACCGAUCGCGUUUCCGAUCAAUUGUACAUGGAUCCGAUAUACGCUCAUCACACGGUUGGAACGCCUCACCAUCAUCAGGAGCACGAACCUGGCUCCUCGACGCCGAAUUCUCCCAGUGGCACGCUUUCCAGUUCGUUGUAUCGUUCGAUGAGCGGCGUAAGCAGCAUGACGACAGCCAGCGCGACAGCAACUGGAGGUGGUUAUGGGCUUCCAUACAUGACCAGCAGCCCCACGGAACUGACCGGCUCGCCGCAGCAGUUGUGGAACACGCAAGGCCUGGGCACCGGUCUUGCCGUAAUUUCGGAGGAUUACGGCGGCAGCAGCAAGUCGUCGGGCACGGUGACUCAUCAGACUCUGCCAGGUUUCUCUCAGCCGUUUUGCGGCAGGCCGAGUUUCCGAGGAUACAGCCCGUCUUACCCGACGCAACAGAGCGGCGCCGGGGUUGGUGCCGCGACCGUCGAACCCUCUUCCUGGAGCUACGGUUCGCCCUCCAACGACGCUCUCACCACUCAGUACGCUACUCCGUCCAGGCGACAACCCGUCAACCCUUCGUCCACACCGACGCAACAUCAGCUGACUGCAACCGCCAGUCUUACCGCAAUGCACAACAUCGAGGCGGAGUACUUUACGGAGGGGCGCGAGUGCGUAAAUUGCGGGGCAAUUUCCACUCCGCUCUGGCGGCGAGACGGUACUGGCCACUACCUGUGCAACGCGUGCGGUCUCUACCACAAGAUGAACGGAAUGAAUCGGCCCUUGGUGAAGCAGCCACGGCGACUGUCGGCUUCGAGGCGAGUAGGCACUUCUUGCAGCAAUUGUCAAACGACGAUGACGUCGUUGUGGCGCCGAAACGCUUUGGGCGAGCCGGUUUGUAACGCGUGCGGCCUUUACUUCAAGCUGCACGGCGUGAACAGGCCUCACGCCAUGAAGAAGGACAGCAUUCAGACUCGAAAGAGGAAGCCAAAGGGAGGGAUGAAGUCCUCCGACACGCCGAUCACCGGCGUCGCUUCUUGCAGCAACGCCAAUAGCGUCAACAACAACAACAACAACAACAGCGGCGGCGGCGGCAGCGGCGGAGGCGGCGGCAGUAACAACAACAACAGCAGCAGCAGCAGCAACAACAACAACAACAACAACAACAGUAACAACAACAACAACAACAACUUGAAACUGGAGCCAGAUACGUACGGGGAAUUGAGGAUGAGCCACGCCGGGAUGCCUCAGCUGAGCUACAGCAGCAGCAUUUACGGUAGCCCGCAGUCGACCAGCCGCAUCGUCUCGUACCAAUCGACAGCGUCCGGAAUCUAUUACGACAUGAUCGCAUCGCAGCAGCCGCAGCCGCAGCAACAUCAGCAGCAUCACCAUCAGCAGCUUCUCGAGACGCAUUCGCCGAAAGUCGAGUGUCCGUCACCGCCUUGCGCCAAUCGAUCGCCGGUCAUGAUAUCCGCCAAUCAUUCCCCCGAUCAUCAACUCGCGUCUCCUCACAUCGUCACACUCGGUAACUCUUCGCCCGGCACGGCGACCGCUAAAAUCAUCUUCGAUAACAGCCACAUCGACAGACCUACCGUCGUCUCGAUAUCGUCGUAAGGCCGCUGGUGCUCGAACGCCGAAACGAGGGUUCUCCAACGUGUACUCGCGAAACGACCAACGACGACAGUCUGCCGUGUAGAAAAAUUCCACUUUUCUAACAAACGCGCAAACGAUCAAACGCUGAACGACACGCACAAAGCGAGGCUCGCGCCGUUCUUUUCCCUUUAGGUUUAACGUUUUCUCGCGAAUUUGUCUGUGUCUGUUUCUGUUUCUGUUUCGUUCCAUUUUGGAGACGAGUGAGAAAAAAAAAGAAAAAAAAAGAAAAAAAAAAGAGAGAAAAAAGUAGAAAAUUGAAGAAACAAGAAACGAACGGAACGGAACGGAACCCGAAAGCAGACAGUUUCCUUUUUCAUCCCCUCUUUUCGGCUGUUCUUCUUUCACGUGUUUGCUGUUGGAAACGUAGUAACAGGCAACGCGGCGACGUCGUAUUGCAUACACGAAUAAACGAAUCGGUCGAUUCGUUGCUGAGAUGGACGAGCAAAAAAAAAAAAAAAAAAAAAAAAAAAAAAAUGGAAAAAAAGGAGAGAAGACAAAAAAAAAAAUAUAAACCGUUUGUAAGACGCAUUUUUGUGACGUAUCUAUGCAUACGCGCGAAACUUACGAGACUCGCUGUAAAUGACUUUGUCGAAUAGCGGCACGUGUAUGCGUGUUUGCGUUCGUCUGUACGUGCGUGCGUGCGUGCGUGCGUGCGUGCGCGCGCGCGCGCGUGUGUGUGUGUGUGUGUGUAUGUGUGUGCGUGCGCAUAUGCGCACGAAACAACUUAGGAUAAACGUUUCGUUUCGCCGGUGACACGCGUUGGGCGAUGAUCGUUGGACAGUGAACGAGAUAAUCGCGCUAAUGUUCGACCGGCGAGGCGGUCCGAUUCUUUCCUCUUUUUUUUUUCUCUUUCUUUUCUUUCUUUUCUUUCUUUUCAUGUAAAUAGGAAAUAACGUUAUUAGAGAGUAACAGACAUCUCGCGAUACGCAUCGCGUUGUCGGAAAAUCAUUUAAAGAUUUGUAACGAUAGUUGUAUCUUCCACGAUUUAAUUGUAGCGUCGCGUUAGCUUGUGUCGCCGUGCCGCUGUCGAAUGCGUUCAAAUGGUAUGACGGGUCGGUUUGAGCUCGAUUUCGAGGUUUGCGUACGAACGGAAGGCAGUGGAAGCGGGGCGGGCCAAGGAUUUCGCGCGAGGUUGAACAAGCCGGUAUAUAUUUUCAAAGUGUGUGCUGUAUCGAAUCGGUUAUUUUUCAAUAAAAAGGGAUAUUUAAAUCGGAAA